UCUGAGUGACAGUGCGUAGUGCCACCACAAAGACAAAGGCGUUAAGGGUUAAACUCCUUUGUAUUACAGAAUGGAAGGACUAUAACGAGCUCAUUUAGCCAAUACAGGCAUUUAAAGGAAUUCGAAUUAAUUUCCAAAUCCAAGCAUAAUUGACACAUCUAUGAUGCUUUUUUCUCAAAGAUACCUUCGGCAAAAUCAGCUGAUUGACUCUUUAAUAGAUCUGGGCAUGCGCAGUAGCUUUGUUUUGCCUUUUUUCAGCAGGUUGACCGACUUGCUUGACUGUAUGUCAUCUCGAUCUUGGAGAGGUCGUACUCGUAAUGCAUGUAGGAUCUACGUCGUUUGAGAAAUCAGCUUGCUCAAAACUUUAUUGUGGCAUAUGGAUCAGAUGGUAGAGUUCGCGAGGUCACUUUAGAGGUCAUUUAAGGGUCACCAUGGACACCAGGCCAUCUAGUGUCUUACAUCAUGCAAGGAGAAGAGAGAUUAGGGAUAUUUCUGUAAGGAGAUUUCAACAGAUUCAUCAUGUAGAAGAAACACUCAUCAAUAGACUUGGCUUGGAACAUGAGUUAGAGGGUCACAAUGGAUGUGUGAACUGUUUAGAAUGGAAUGAAUCAGGAUCAUUGUUAGGAAGUGGUUCAGAUGAUCUUACUGCUAUGAUCUGGGAUCCCCACAGAAGGAGAAAAUUAACAACUAUCCGUACUGGUCACCUUGGAAAUAUCUUCUCUCUUAAAUUCUUGCCAAACUCUCAAGAUGAGACCAUAGCCACCGGUGCUGCUGACUGCAAAGUCCGGGUUCACAACGUGCCUAGGGGUGAGACUACCUAUGCCUUUAGCUGCCAUGCAGGUCGUGUCAAAAGACUUGCAGUGGUGCCCAAUCUUCCCUACAUGUUCUGGAGUGCAGGAGAAGAUGGGACGAUAAGGCAUUUUGAUCUGAGAUCUCCCCACCUGUGUAGUGAUAGCUGUAACAAUGUUCUUAUUAAUCUCAACUAUUACACUGGCAAACAUGGGGAAUGCAAGUGCCUUGCAAUCAACCCAUACAGACCUGAACAGCUAGCAGUUGGGGCCAGUGAUCCAUUCAUUAGGCUUUACGACAUUAGAAUGUUGAACCCUCAUGCCGUUCACUUCUCAAGAGAAGAGGUCCUGAGGUCAGCGUGGAGGACCCCGGCCCCUGAACCAGAUGACCAUGGUGAAGUGCCAAGGGGAUGUGUGCAAUAUUUCAUAGCAGGUCAUUUACCUGUCAAGGAGGAGGAGAGAGGGAGAAGAUAUAGGUCACUGGUUGCGACCUAUGUGACCUUUGGUCCUACAGGUCAUGAACUUUUAGCAAACCUUGGAGGAGAACAAGUAUAUCUGUUUGAUGUAAACAAUAGGCAAAAACCAAGACUGUAUAAUGUUGGUGAUUAUCCAGCUCCAAGUGCCAAUGGAUAUUGUACAAAUGGUGUUUGUAAAGAUGUCCAACAGCACAUAGGGGAAGCAUUAUCAUCGAAUGGAUCAUCGGUAGACCCAGCCAAUGGGAUAAAUGGUCUCUACCAGCCAACCAAUGGUAUGAAGAAGGAAGACUCGGAUGCGAGGGCGGGCUACUCCCAUCACAGUGAGAGGCAUCAGUCUAGGUCACAUGCAUCAUCAAGUAGGAGAAAAGGCUCAACCAAAGAACUUCCUCCGAAGAUUGAAGCAUGGAAGCAUGAAGCAAACAAGUUCUACUGUGAUAAGAAGGAUUAUACCUCAGCUAUCCGUCUCUACAAUCAGGCCAUCAGUAUGUGUUCAGACCAUGCCAUUCUCUUUGGCAACAGAGCAGCAGCUUAUAUGAAAAGAGGAUGGGAUGGAGAUAUUUAUGCAGCUCUUCGUGACUGCCACAGUGCCUUGAGCCUCGAUGCUAAGCAUCGUAAGGCCCAUUUCCGUCUUGCCCGCUGCUUGCUUCAGCUCACCUGGUCCAACGAGGCCCAUCAGUGUCUGCAGUCAUUCAAGUCCAAGUUUCCGGAGUAUGCCAAGUAUUCUGAGUGCCAGGCCCUGGAGAGGGACAUCACUGCUGCGGUCUUCUCUAACUCUGAUAAACGGACGAAUGAAGCUCCAAGUGACCAAGACUGGCAAGAUUCACCACCGGAUGGUCCAAGGACAUCAAGCAGCGAGGCAGUAGAACCAAAGGAGAAAGAACUCAGAAAUGAUGCAUAUGAUUAUACAGAGAGAUACUGUGGACACUGCAAUACAACCACUGAUAUCAAGGAAGCAAACUUCUUUGGAAGUAAUGGUCAGUACAUCAUGGCUGGAUCUGAUGAUGGCUCAUUCUUCAUCUGGGAUCGUAAGACUACUAACAUUGCUCGCGUCUUGAGAGGUGAUGAUUCCAUUGUUAACUGUCUUCAACCUCAUCCAUCAUCGUGUCUCCUAGCAACCAGUGGCAUUGACCCCGUCGUCAGGUUAUGGAGCCCUCGACCUGAGGAUGGUAGCAGCAACGACCGUUGCAUCACAGAACCUGACACAGCAGCGACCGCCAACCAGAGGCGGAUGAAAGCUGACCCCUUGGAGGUCAUGUUAAUGAACAUGGGUUACCGUAUCACAGGUAUCUCUACAGACGGAUCUGACGAUGAACCUGAUGCCCCAAUGCCAUGCAGACCUAGCUAGUAUUCCAGGAGACAUGGUGUCCAUAGCGAUGUCAGACAUAGGAGUUUAAUUUAAAGACAUUCUUGUAAAGUGCUCGAUUCCUUGGACAGUAUUUCAUGUAUGCCAGCUGGGGUAAGAUUGCCAAAUGUUCAACCUGUCGUAUCCAAAAUUGCUUGUUUAGAAUAAAACCUAUUUCUACGAUACAAUGUUCAUGGAGUGUGUUGUAGAAAUAGUUCAUAUUCCAUAAGACACGAUGUCCAUGUUGAUGUUCAACAUACCGGUUUAUUUUAAAGACACUCUUGUAAAGUGCACAAUUACUUGGAAAAUUAUGUUUGCCAACAGGUGUAAGAUUCCCAAAUGUUCCACAUGUAGUGGUAUCCAACAUUGCUUUAAAGAUACCCUUCAACACGAUAAGGUGUACAUGAAGUGCAUUGCGCACACACACACAUAUUUUUAUGUUUACAUGCCUAAGAGACAUGGUUACCAAAUGUUCAAUAUUGAUUAUCAUCAACAAAGCUUGAGGCACACUUGGGUGUAGCUCAGAUGGAAACCCUGAUACGUAUCCCCAUGCCAGAAAGACCAAGCAAGUAGUCCAGAGAACAUGGUGUCCAAGUGUUCUUGAAGUAAUGUUGGAAGAACUCUCAUACAGUGCACAGAACUUCAGACAGUAUUUAAUGCUCACCAAACUAUAUGCCAUUAUUUUUGCAUGAUAAAUACAUUGGAAUUGAUUUUAAGAAGAUAUUUCCUUUAAUUCAAUUACAGGUGUUCUAGAUGUAAAGAAUUUUGCCAUAAGUAGUGCACUAUCAUCCACACACUAGUGUGGGUGCGUCGUGGUCUAGUGGAUCUGACUCUCGCCUUUCAAACAAAGGGUCGUGUGUUCGAAUCCUAGCCAUAGCGUGUUUUCCUUCAGCAAGAAGUUUAUCCACACUGCUGCACUCGACCCAGGUGACGUAAAUGGGUACCUGGCGGGAUUUAUUCCUUGAAUUCACGAGCGCUGAAAGGCAGCUUGAGCUAAAGCCGGGGUAAUAAUAAUAACAAUGCGCCUCGGAAUACAUUGUUUCAAGAUAGAUGGCGCUAUACAAAUGCCUAUUAUUAUUAUUAUUAAUGCCCAAUGGUAUAUGUACAUGGUCCAAAUGAUAUCUUAAGUGUUAGAAGUUCCAAAUUCUUAAGUAUUGAUAUGUCCAGAAAUAAAUGAAAGACACUAAUUGUGUGAAGAUAAUCAAAUACCAUACAUGACGCUAUGCAAACCUCCUGCUCUUACAUGUAUGUUUGUUGGCCAGAAGACUUUGUUUAUUCUUUUGGCCAAAUGAAAAAGGAUCACUGUUCUAUUAGCUUUCCACCAGGUUCCAGAUGAUACUGUCUCACGAGUAUCCAGUGACGUCCAAAAAUAAUGGAGACAAAAUUGAUGAUUGGAAUUAGAACACCAGUAAAAUCUUGAUGUGUCAAACCCACUUGAAUUUCUUCUGAAUUGUUAUAUGCUAAUAUCAUGACUUGAUUGAUUCAUUAUUGGAAAAUAUAUUUGUGUCCUAGAGUGCAUAUUAAAUAUAUAUUUUUUUUCAUUUGUAGGCAGAUAGUCAAUUAUUUUCAGAUCUAAAAUGCAUGUAUAGGUACUGGUAUUGCCUUUAUUUCCAUUGAAAAAAAAAUAUUUCAGAAUGUUUACACACAUGUACAUGAGUCUAAUUUUUUUAUCCAUUGCAUUAUGAAGCUGUUGUGGACAUGUUGUUGGUAAAGGUUUUAUGGCUGAGUGGAUGAGUCUCGAGAUUAUGAACCACAAGGUCUUGAAAUUGAAUCCCACCACAGCACUCGCAUCCUUUGGCAAGGCAUUUAUCUACAUUUGCCAAUCUUCACCCAGGUGUAGUAAAUGUUGUACCCAGUAGAAAGAAACUCCUAGAAUGCUCCAGUGCCCAGGCAUCCCAGCUUAAGCCGGGGUAAUGAUAACAUUAUCAUGGUAGGAGAGUUUUUGGAAUUGAAGUCGCUAUCCUGGGUAAAUAUGACAUUUUCAUACUUGUAGUAAGGAUAUUUCCUGAAUUUUUUGCAGAAUUAAGCACUAUGUAAUAUUAUUUCUAUGGUUUUGGUUAUAAUUAAUUGCAAAAACUGGUCAUGUCUUAAUGGCUAGUUAUUUAUUUUAAGGAAAAUUUUCAGCAAUACCAGUAUUUAUACAGGUUCUAUUGAGUAUAAUUAUUUUAUUCAAUAUUUAGGUCUGACCCAGCGAACCCAUUAUUUAGACGCUCAACAGGUAUCGGCUUCUGGUUAACUUAAUUCUCACACAGAUGACAGGGAACUUCCGCUGCCCAACCAUUGAUCUCCAUGAUAAAUGAAGGUUUAAAUUUAUGUUCCUUUAGACUUGGGCCCCAUUGCAUAACAGUUACUGAUGGUAGCUUUGUCAUCCAAUGCUUAUUUUCAUGGCAACACUGCUUAACAGCCAAUUGAAAUCAAGAAUUUCAUGAGAGAUACUGUUGGGUUCAAUUGUUAAUAUUAAAUUACAACAGGCUGUGGUGUGACUAAGCUCGGCAACAAAAAGCAACUAUUUCUGUACAGAGACAAUGGAAUAGAUGACAUACUGUAGGUGAAUGAAACUCCUGUCAUGGACUAAUCAAGUUUUCUUAUUUAAAUUGUGCAGAGUUGCACAGACAACCUCUUGAUAUAAUGAAAUCAUUCUGGUGUCAUAUAAACGUGACUCACAAUAUGACAUAUCAUUAUGCUGUAUUUAGUUUUGGGGUUAACUUUCAACAAACUGCUUAGGCUCAUAUUGUGUUAUGCCCAUUUAUUUGCUUUAUUAUCUGUCUCAUCCGUACCGAAAUACCAUAUAAUAAUUAUCGAGCUUUGUUGCACAAGGCUUGAAGGUUUGUUCAAUCACAGUAGUUUUGUUGCUCUUUACUUUGCUCAAUAUCGUGGCAAACUACAUGUAUAUAACAAAACCAUCUCAAUGCAAAUAAAAAGCCCAUCUUCAUUUGUAUUACUCUCAUGAAUUCUAGAGUGGCAUGAUAUUUUGAUACGUCCAAGGACAUCAUUGCUAGUGUUUUUUUUCCCUUAAAAAUUCUCUUCACCAUGACUUUGAUCUACGUGUAUAUUGCAUGAAUUAUACCAUGUAAAUAACAAAAACAUGAUUUUAUAUAGAGUUUUGUAAAUACACCCAUGAAAUGUAUAAUAUGUAUGUUCUUAUGAACAAGGUGAUAAUGGAGUUCUUUGUUGUCACCGUUUUUUUUGCAUUACAUAUAUUAUGAGAGGGGUGAAUAAUUAUUAAAGAUUAUUGGGGAAAUGCAUUCCUCAGCACAUAGAAAAUGGAA